AUGGGAACCAAGAAAGUGUCUUACUUUUUCAAUCCGGAUGUAGGUAAUUUUCAUUACGGACCAGGUCAUCCAAUGAAACCGCAUCGGCUCUCCGUCAUCCACCACCUAGUAAUGAACUAUGGGCUGCACAAAAAGAUGCAAAUUUAUAGACCAUACAAGGCAAGUGCGCACGACAUGUGCCGAUUCCAUAGCGACGAGUACAUCGAGUUCCUGCAGCGAGUUACACCGCAAAACAUACAGGGGUACACCAAGUGUCUUUCCGUAUUCAAUGUUGGAGACGACUGCCCUGUGUUUGAUGGAUUAUUCGAGUUCUGCGCCAUGUAUACGGGUGCUUCGCUAGAGGGUGCUCAAAAACUAAACCACAAUCACAGUGAUAUCUGCAUUAAUUGGUCCGGUGGAUUGCACCAUGCAAAGAAAUUUGAAGCAUCCGGAUUUUGCUACGUAAAUGACAUUGUUAUUGGCAUUUUGGAGUUGCUAAAAUACCAUCCUCGCGUGCUGUACAUUGACAUCGAUGUACAUCACGGGGAUGGAGUGCAGGAAGCCUUCUAUCUGACUGAUCGCGUAAUGACGGUGUCGUUUCAUAAGUACGGUAACUACUUCUUUCCUGGUACGGGCGAUAUGUACGAAAUAGGAGCCGAAUCAGGACGAUACUAUUCGGUGAACGUUCCGCUUAAAGAGGGCAUCGACGAUCAAAGCUACGUACAGGUAUUCAAACCGGUCAUUUCAGCAGUAAUGGAGUUUUAUCAGCCGACGGCUAUCGUACUGCAGUGCGGAGCCGAUUCGCUUGCUGGGGAUCGGCUUGGUUGUUUUUCGCUUAGUACAAAAGGUCAUGGAGAAUGCGUCAAGUUUGUGAAGGAUCUAAACGUGCCUACGUUGGUUGUUGGCGGAGGAGGAUACACACUACGGAACGUGGCGCGUUGUUGGACAUACGAAACAUCACUCCUAAUCGAUGAAUCUAUAUCCAAUGAACUACCAAUGAAUGAUUAUCUUGAAUUUUUUGCACCGGACUUCACCCUUCAUCCUGAUAUUCCCAGCAGACAGGAUAACGCCAACAGCAAGCAAUACCUGGAGGCGAUUACGCGACAUGUUUACGACAAUUUGAAGAUGUGCCAGCACGCACCGAGUGUUCAAAUGUUUGACAUACCCGAGGAUGCAUUGCCGGAAGAGCUAAAAGCGGUCAAGAUGGAGGAGCCCAAUCCAGACGUGCGUGUAUCUCAAGAGGAUGAAGACAGACUGGUGGAUCCAAAAAAUGAAUUCUUCGACGGUGAUAACGACAACGAUAAAAGUGAAAAUGAGCCCUAACUUACAGGAAUAGUUGAGCAAAUGUAGCGCAUAGAAUUUUUUUCAUUUCAAUUUGUAGUAAUUGCGCAGUUUUCUUUUUCAUAUUGAAAUUCUUACAUAACUUUCCAUAACAAUUUCCACAACCAAACAAAAACAUCUGUACUGCAAAUGCUUUUGCGUUAUAGGAUGCAAUAAAGAUACUG